UACAUCUUCUCAUCGACUCGCUAAAAUCCAAAUCCAAGCGUGGCCGCAAACCUCAAGCGGCAACUAGGGCAUAUCACCGCCUCCAGUGAUGGACCAACGGAUCGGGUCCGCCCGUUCUCCGGCGACGAGGCGGCCACGCAGCUUCGAUCUCGAUGCUCCUCCUCCGCCGGCUAUAGCCAAACAACUACGUUCUUCCUUCAUGAUGGAUGAUCGUCUGAUGCUGCUGCUGUUUGAGACGCCCUCUGGCUUCGCAAUUUUCAAUUUUGUUGCGGAGGUCAUUGAAAAACCAAAUGCCCUGGAGGAAAUAUGGACUCGCUUCAUUCUGAUUGGGACGGCAAAGAGUGUUGUUUGGCUGCGAAACUUUCGAACUUUUGAAGACAAGUCAAGCGCCAUUAAUCAAAACACCGGUGUUAAUGAAAGUCUUACUGAGAUGAUCAUGAAGUGCCACUUCCCCGGGCAGAGAAUUGCUGUUGGAAAGCCGGAAUAUAAAAAAAUCAUUGAAGAAAGCCUGAAAAUAACCUGCGUAUAUAGUCCAGCUGUGAUGGAGUUAAUGUGGGGCGUACAUAUUUGGAUGCCAAGUUUGGUGCCUAGAGAAAAAUUUGAUCUGACUGAAGAUGAACGCCUCCCGAUGAGUUAUGGACUGAAACAAGUGUUGAGUCGUUAUGACUGUGAUUAUGUAAACCCUGAGAUGCUCGAUCAGCCAAUUAUUAUAACGUCUUACGCCUUGUUUGAGUGUGAUUCUCUUGAGGAAGAGAAGUCUGAUGAAUUGGACUUUUUAGCUGCUGUAAUUAAGGUGGUGUCUGGCAUCGACACUGAGGGUUGGGGCUCACUGAAAAUUGCAACAGCUCUGAAGAAGAUAUGGUGUCCUGAAGAAGCUGACAAUUCUUGCGAGAUCAUUUCAGAAGACGAGGUAUCAAGGUUGGUGAAUGAUGCAGAUAAAUAUGAACCAUGAUCUCACAGCUGCUGAAAGUGUUUCAGCUAACUAAUGUGUUCUAAUUCUGAAACGCAUGCUGAUAUUAGUUGACUUUAUUCUGUAUCUUUUUUUUUGGGGGAAUACACAUAGCAUGCGUAUCAUUUCAUUGAUAGAAAAAAAUAGAAUAAGGACAUGAGGUGGUGGUACAACACAUGACACGAACGCGAAGGAGCGUGAAGCCCAAAGUGGAAAGAUGAAAGAUGCUUGACCCAAGCAAAGAAGAACACAUAUAAACUCUCCUACCAGAGAAGCUAUCCAACUAACAACCAAACUGUUAGAGUUAUAAUAUAAGUUAUGUACCCCUUUGUAUUUAUCCUGUUGUAUAAGGGGUUUUCUGCAUAUGUUCCACACCUGUACAUGUAUAUA